AUGUCCUCGACUACCCAUUUCCCCGAUACCGAGGGCUUCCAACAACAGUCUGACAACUUCAUGUCAUGGCUGCAAGCCAGCUCAGGAGUUCAAAUCAACCCUAAAUUGAGACUUGCAGACCUCCGAGAAAGCGGAGCAGGACGAGGUGUCGUGGCACAGGAUAACAUCCCCGAAGGCGAAGAACUCUUCUCGAUCCCACGAGCCAUGGUCCUCACCGUCCAAACCUCAGAGCUGAAGACCCUGCUCGGACAAGAUCUAGAGCAGCUCGGCCCGUGGUUGUCCCUGAUGCUGGUCAUGUUGUAUGAAUACCUUCAGGGUGAUAAGUCUCGAUGGGCUCCAUACUUCAAGGUCUUGCCUUCUCGUUUCGAUACUUUGAUGUUCUGGUCAUCGACCGAGUUGCAGGAGCUGCAGGGCAGCACUAUUGUUGAGAAAAUUGGUCGAAAAGGUGCCGAGGAGUCCAUUAUUGAGAUGAUUGCUCCUAUUGUGAGAGGAAAUCCCGCUCUAUUCCCGCCUGCCCCUGGUCUUGCGUCUUUUGACGGCGAUGCUGGUGCCGCUGCCCUCAUUGAGAUGGCUCACAUUAUGGGAUCUCUCAUCAUGGCCUAUGCCUUUGACAUUGAAAAGUCCGAGGAUGAUGAAGAUGAGGGAGAAGCCAACGACGAGAGCUACAUGACCGACGAUGAGGAUGAACAAUUGCCCAAAGGUAUGGUUCCGCUUGCCGAUCUUCUCAACGCCGAUGCGGACCGAAACAACGCUCGCCUCUAUCAGGAAGAAGGUUCUCUUGUCAUGAAGGCAAUCAAACCGAUCCACCAAGGUGAGGAGAUUUUGAACGACUACGGAGAAAUCCCCCGUGCAGAUCUCCUCCGCCGAUACGGCUACGUGACGGACAACUACGCCGUCUACGACGUAGUUGAGCUAUCACUGGAAAGUAUCUGCCAAGCGGCAGGUCUUUCCAACAGCGAUGUCGAAUCCCAGCCCCGUCUUGAGUUCCUCGAGGACCUCGAUAUCCUUGACGACGGCUACGUGAUUCCCAGACCUGUCAACGCCAACCCUUCUCUGGAAGAUAUCCUGCCAGCUGAGCUGGUCAUUCUGCUGAGCACCCUUGCUCUCCCCGAUGAAGAAUUCAAGCAGCGCAAGUCCAAGGGCAAGGCGCCCAAGCCGGCCUUGGAAGCGAACCAAGCUGCCAUCUUGGUUAAGGCUCUGCACACCCAGCAGGCGAAAUAUGCUACCUCACUGGCGCAAGAUACUCAGAUUUUGACUUCAUUGCCUCCAUUGGAUGCCUUGGAUGUGUCGUCCCGUCGCGCGAGAAUGGCUCUCCAGGUUCGCAUUGGCGAGAAGCAAGUCCUCCAGGCUGUCCUGGGGUUGUUGGAACCCGCUGCAACUGGUUCACUGAAGCGUUCUGCCAAUGGCGAUGCCGGUGAGUCGAGACAAUUCAAGGCCCAACGAGUUUGA